AUGCCAGGGAUUGUUGUGUUCCGCCGGCGCUGGUCUGUGGGCAGUGAUGACCUGGUUUUGCCAGCAGUCUUCCUCUUCCUCCUGCACACCACCUGGUUUGUGAUCCUCUCUGUGGUGCUCUUUGGGCUGGUGUACAACCCCAACGAGACCUGCUCGCUUAACCUGGUGGACCACGGCAGAGGUUACCUGGGCAUCCUGCUCAGCUGUAUGAUCGCAGAGGUGGCAAUCAUCUGGCUCAGCAUGAGGGGCAGCAUCCUGUACACAGAGCCCCGGGACUCCAUGCAGUAUGUGCUCUAUGUCAGACUGGCUAUCUUGCUGAUUGAAUUUGUCUAUGCCAUUGUGGGCAUUGUCUGGCUGACACAGUACUAUGCUUCCUGCAACGACAUCACAGCCAAGAGUGUCACUUUGGGAAUGGUGGUGUGCAACUGGGUUGUCAUCCUGAGUGUCUGCAUCACUGUCCUGUGUGUCUUUGACCCGACGGGCAGGACCUUUGUCAAGCUGAGGGCCACCAAGCGGCGGCAGCGCAACCUGAGGACCUACAACCUGCGGCACAGGCUGGAGGAGGGCCAGGCCAGCAGCUGGACACGCCGCCUCAAGGUCUUCCUCUGCUGCACCCGCACAAAGGACUCCCAGUCGGAUGCCUACUCUGAGAUUGCCUACCUUUUUGCUGAGUUUUUCCGAGACCUUGACAUUGUCCCCUCUGACAUCAUCGCCGGGCUGGUCCUCCUGCGGCAGCGGCAGCGGGCGAAGCGCAACGCCGUGCUGGACGAGGCAAACAAUGACAUUUUAGCUUUUCUGUCUGGGAUGCCAGUGACCAGGAACACCAAGUAUCUGGAUCUGAAAAACACGCAAGAGAUGCAGCGGUACAAAGAGGUGUGUUACUACAUGCUGUUUGCCCUGGCUGCCUAUGGCUGGCCCAUUUACCUGAUGAGGAAUCCCACAUGUGGACUCUGUCGCCUGGCCAGAUCCUGCUCGUGUUGCUGUCUGUGCCCCUCCCGUCCCCGUUACGCUCCCAGUGUCACCAUAGAAGAGGACAACUGCUGUGGCUGCAACGCCAUCGCCAUCCGGCGCCACUUCCUGGACGAGAACAUGACCUCGGUGGACAUUGUCUACACCUCCUGCCACGACGCUGUUUAUGAAACACCUUUCUAUGUGGCUGUGGACCAUGAGAAGAAGAAAGUGGUCAUUAGCAUCCGAGGAACUCUGUCUCCAAAAGAUGCCCUGACUGACCUGACUGGGGAUGCAGAGCGUCUUCCCGUGGAGGGUCACCAUGGGACAUGGCUGGGACACAAGGGAAUGGUGCUCUCUGCUGAGUACAUCAAGAAGAAACUGGAGCAAGAAAUGGUGCUUUCUCAAGCUUUUGGAAGAGACUUAGGGAGAGGAACAAAACACUACGGCCUGAUUGUGGUGGGUCACUCCCUGGGGGCUGGCACAGCUGCCAUCCUGUCCUUCCUCUUGCGCCCCCAGUACCCAUCACUGAAGUGCUUUGCCUAUUCUCCCCCAGGUGGGCUGCUCAGUGAGGAUGCCAUGGAGUAUUCAAAAGAGUUUGUGACUGCAGUCGUGCUUGGCAAAGAUCUAGUGCCCAGGAUUGGUCUCUCCCAGCUGGAGGGAUUUCGCCGGCAGCUUCUGGAUGUUCUUCAGAGAAGUAACAAGCCAAAGUGGCGAAUCAUUGUGGGUGCUACCAAGUGUAUCCCCAAGUCUGAGCUCCCCGAGGAGACGGAGGAGAAUUCGGUGACGAGUAACAGGCUGUGGACCCACCCCAGUGACCUGACCAUUGCCCUGUCAGCCAGCACCCCCCUGUACCCCCCUGGUCGGAUCAUCCACGUGGUGCACAACCACCCUGCAGAGCAGUGCUGUUGCUGUGAGCAAGAGGAUCCCACUUACUUUGCUAUCUGGGGUGACAAUAAGGCUUUCAAUGAAGUGAUCAUCUCCCCAGCCAUGCUGCACGAGCACCUCCCCUACGUGGUCAUGGAAGGGCUCAACAAGGUCUUGGAGAACUACAACAAAGGGAAAACAGCUUUGCUGUCUGCAGCCAAAGUGAUGGUGAGUCCUACAGAAGUGGAUCUCACCCCAGAGUUGAUCUUCCAGAGCCAGCCCUUGCCCAGUGGACCCUCAGUGCAGCUUGGAACUGGAGCCAUAACAGCAGACAGAAGGAACAGCAGCACUAAGAGCAAGUCCCAUUCUGAAAUCAGCUUGGAGGGCUUUUAUGAGACCAAGCCCCUUUCCCCUGUGCAGAAGGACCCCGUGGAGCUGCUCCUGCUGGACACCAAGGAGCGGCUGUCAGUGGAGAUGCAGGACCGGCGGGCCCCUCUGGCCACCAUGGAGAGCCUCUCAGACAACGAAUCCAUCUACAGCUUCGACUCCAGACGUUCCUCUGGCUUCCGGAGCAUCCGGGGCUCCCCCAGUCUCCACGCUGUCAUGGAGAAGGAUGAGACCCACUGCUUUUAUAUAGACCCUGCUAUCCCUGAGGAGAACCCCUCCCUCAGCUCGCGGACAGAGCUGCUGGCUGCUGACAGCCUCUCCAAGCACUCCCAGGAGACCCAGCCCCCUGACAACGUCCUCAAUAGUGGUGGCACCACCCCCCGGCGCCGCUGCAGUGAGGAGGGGGCCAGCAGUGAGGGGGGGGACAGGGUGUCCUUAGCCCCUCGGGAGGAGCUGGCCCUCCAGAACGGGCGCCUCGCCGACGUCCCCAGUCCCCAGGUGCUGGAGUUUGCCGAGUUCAUAGACAGCCUCUUUAACCUGGACAGCAAAAGCAGCUCUUUCCAGGACAUCUACUGCAUGAUGGUGUCAGACAGCUCCAGUGACUUCGCAGAGAUGCCCAAGUCUGUCAGCGACCAGGAGAUCCUGCUGAGGGCACAGUAUGAACCCAACCUCGUCCCCAAGCCCCCCAGGUUGUUCGCAGGCUCAACGGAUCCUUCGUCGGGCAUCUCUGUCUCACCCUCCUUCCCCCUCAGUUCAUCUGGAGAACUCAUGGACAUCAGUCCCACAGGUGUGAGCAGCCAGGAGUGCCUGGCCACGGAGAAAAUCCGGACUUCCAGCCCCUCUGGGCACGUAACCAGCCCUGCCAAGCAGGACGACCUCAUGAUUUCAGCCCUCUAG